AAGGUCGGACUUGAUUGGGCAACUCUUUUUACUCUUUCUACGACUUUUACUCCAAAUCUUAAUCAAGUGAUGUAGAGCAGUCACUCGGAGUAUACUCCAAACUCUCCACCGUAUGGGCAGGGAACUUUGGAGUGUGACGUCACAAACCAACAUGGCGGAAAGACGAACCAUGUUUCAAUGUGAAGACUGUAACAUGUUUUUUCUGUCUAUGGAGGUCUUUUGCAACCAUCCAUGUGUAGCUUCAGCAUCAAGUGUUGUAACUGGUGUGAAUCUUUCGCAAGAUAGAACAGAGGAAGAAAUUGAUAGAGACAUUAAGAAGCAAGAGGAAGAGGAAGAAAGUUGUAAAUGGAGCCAGGCACCAACUUUACUGCUAAUUGCUAGUUACAAAGAAAGACAGGACCGUAUUGAUACGGGACGUUUGAAAAAGAAGAAGGCAUUUGAAGAAAUUGCACAGGUUCUUAAAGAGCAUCAGUAUCCAUUUACUGAUGCACAGUGUACAUCAAGGAUGAAAACUCUAAUACGACAGUACAAGACUGUUAAAGAUAAUAAUAAUACUUCAGGAAGCAAGCGUAAAUCCUUCAUAUACGAGAAUGAGUUGGACUCACUGUUCAAAGGGUCACCAAGCAUCAGACCAGAAUUUGUAAUGAGUAGUGCUACUGCUACUCAUAUGUCACAGUCAGAUGAAGAUGGUGAUGAAUUGGAUGAUGGUGCAGUGACAAGAGCUGAUAAUUGUAAGAGAAAGACAGAACAUAUUGCAGAUGAAAAAGAUGAAGAUUUAUGCAAAAUCUGCAUGGAUCGUACAGUCAACACAGUGUUUGGAGAUUGUGGUCACAUGAUAUGUUGUAUAACAUGCUGUGAGAUGUUGAAUAUCUGUCCAAUAUGUAGGAGAGAAAACAAAUCCUGGAUCAAGGUCUACAAAGCAUAGUCUGGACUCAUUCAACAGAGACUCCAAAAAUGAGAUUGUUUUCAUAAUUUGUUCUUUUUUGUGCCGGUUUAGCAAGCAGCUGUUUAAGGCAGUUUUACCAUGUUCUUUCAAAUGUGUGUUCAGUUUGAUUUUAUGUGCUUAAAAUAGUACAGUUUAAACUAUAUGUUAGUUCACUUAGCAGUUGUCUCUGCCAGUUAUACCAUUUUCUUUUCAAAUGUCUGUAAAUUUUGAUUACUUAUUUUAGAUCUAGAAAAAUUGUAUGAUGUUGGAGCAUUUAGUAGCAUUUAGCAAUUAUAUACUGUAGCAAGUAGCUUUCUCGACCAGUUCAUACCAUGUUCUUUCAAAUAAUGUGUUCAGUUUGUUUUUAGCUCACUUGCCACGAAGUGACAAGGUGAGCUUUUGUGAUCGCCUGAUGUCCGUCGACCAUCCGUCAACAAUUUCAAACAACUUCUUCUCCUGAAACACAUGGCCAAAGUUAAUGAAACUUGUCAGGAAUGUUCCUUGCAUGAAGAGAGAAAGUCAUUACUUGCAGAACUCUGGUCGCCAUGGCAACCAAAAGGAAAAUUUUUAAAAAUCUCCUUGUCAAAAACCACAAGGGCUAGAGCAAUGAAUUUUGGUUUAUAGCAUCAUCUAUAGUGGUCCUCUGUAAAAAUUAAUACAAUUAUGCUAGGGGUGUCAAAAAUGACCACACCCCAGGGGUCAGUUGUUUUCUUUAAAUGUAUAUUGUAAAACAUUAAAAUAACUUCUUGUUCAUCAAUUCUUUCUGAAAUUUGGUCAGAAUGUUUAUUUUGAUGAAAUCUUGUUUGGGGUUGUAUAUGGGUUAUCUUUGGUCAGAUGAACAGGUGAGUGAUAUUGGACCAUCAUGGUCCUCUUAAUUGAGCAGAAGUAUGUCUGAGUAUUGUGAACUUCAGUUCAUUUUCUGUGAUUCUUAUGUUAACAAUGGUAGAAAAUAGCAAGAAAUACCAGAGCACAGAACGAUACCAUACAAACAUAAAUUUGUUUUAUGUUAACAUAGUUUGAUAUUGUGUUCAGCUUUUCUUUUUGUUGAUAAAUAUGUUUUGCUGCACCUUGUUAUAACUUGUUGUUUAACAGAUUUUUCAACUCUCUGCAAGUAGCAGUUGGAUUUAUGUUAUAUUCUUUUUGCAAGAAACAUAAUUGAGCCAUAUCAUGGGAAAACCAACAUAAUGAGUAUACAAAUAUGGAUCUAGGCCAACCCGUGCAUCUGCGCAAUGUCGCAAAGUCUGAUCAAGACCCAUACUGCUUGCUUUUAACAUCUGCAAUACUGAAUGGAUAUAUACUUGCCACAUAGCCAUUUAAUGUUGGUUUUUGCAUGACAUGUCUCAUUACUAGUCAUUAGUUUAAAUUUCUUCUGCUGUUGUAAUGAUAUUGUGCUUUGAAAUAGACAUGGAAAUACUUUCUGCUUAAUAACUUAGUUUGAGAUAUUCUAGUCAAACUUUACUAACAGACAGCUCACAAUAAAAGAAGCAUUUAGAUUUAUUAUGGCAUAAUAUUGGCCUUGUGAAGACCAAAGGCAUAUCUUAAAAGUGCAGUCUGGCAUAUCUGUGUAAAGUUCUUAAAUUUUUCAAUGCGUUGUGAUAUGAUUUUAAGUUAUUACAUAAACAAAGUUAUUGUUUUAGCAAAUUAAGAAAUAUAGAUUUAGCAGAAUUAUUCAUUUGUUUCAUUAUCUAUCUUACCUAAGCACAAAGUUUAUGUGAUUAUGAUCCUAAAUUACAUUUAGUUCAUUGAUUAACAUCUAACUUUUGUGAACAAAAUACUGCAGCAUUGAAUUUAAAGUGCAGUA